CAUUGGUAGUGUAGGAGGAGUUGCCGUAAGGACGUUAGAGGCAUCUUGGACACAGAAAGAGCAUAAAAGAGACUGAUACGCUUUGUGUUAGUCAAAGUGCAGUGGAAGCGAGGGGAGCCUCGUUCAGCAUUGUUGCUUUCAUCCGUGCCUUUUAUGAAUUCAAUCCUAAAUUGAUUCGUUUUGCACUCAGUUAACGUUGAUUUACAUCCGCAUGUUUAGGGGGUUGCUACUACGGGAGAGCAAACGCCUUCUGCAGCAAUCGGAGGAACUGCAUUUUACAGAAGCCGGCAUUCACAGGCUCUCCUAUCGCAAACUAAAGAGCGUGCCCGAAAGGACUUUUAAUGCUUUGAAGCCUGUUUGGGAGUUAUAAUCUACGGUCUUGUGUUUGGACUCGAUUGGAGACAAAAGAGCACAUAAUAUAAUUUAAAAGAAACUGUUCUUUAGUUAUUCAGCGGCUGCAUUUGCCAUGUCAGCGCCAUCAUCGUCCACUCCUCCCGCCGAGGGAGGGAAGCCUUCUCCGACCAUCCCGGCAGGUCCAGGCGGGACUGCUCAGGACUCGCUGUCCGCUGAUACCGGGCUGAAGCCAUUGGGUCCGACUCCGAGCCAGAGUCGCUUUCAGGUGGACCUGGUGGCAGAGGCGGCCGGGACCAACGCCGGCGGCGACAAGCCUCGUGGAGAAGAAGCAUCCUCGCGGGCAUCCGCUCCAGCUGCAGGUAAACCAGUGGAGCUGCCGGUGCAACCUGCCGGCGCCGAGGAGGCGAAAGGGCGGUUCAGGGUGGUCAACUUCGUGGACCCGAGCGGGGCCAGCCCUCCGCAAGAUGCCGUGGUUGUACCUGCGGAGGGUAUCCAGAAUGGGGACACAGUCAUGAGCGAGGGGAGCCUUCAUUCCUCCACCGGAGGCCAACAUCACUAUUACUAUGACACCCACACCAAUACCUAUUACCUGAGGACUUUUGGCCACAACACCAUCGACGCGGUGCCGAACAUUGACUUUUACAGAUUAACCGCAGCGCCGCUUGGGGAAAAGCUGAUCCGACCCAGCCUUGCGGAGCUACAUGAUGAGCAGGAUAAGGAGCCCUUUGAGGAUGGCUAUGCGAAUGGUGAGGAACUGACUCCAGCAGAAGAAGCUGCAGCCAAAGAGGCUUCUGAGCCCAAGGGUGUUGUGAAGUUCGGAUGGAUCAAGGGUGUUCUGAUCCGGUGCAUGUUGAACAUCUGGGGUGUUAUGCUUUUCAUUCGCAUGACAUGGAUUGUGGGGCAGGCUGGCAUUGUUCUUGCAUGUGUGAUUGUUUUAAUGGCUACAGUUGUGACAACCAUCACUGGACUUUCCACUUCAGCGAUAGCAACUAAUGGCUUUGUGCGAGGAGGUGGUGCUUAUUACUUGAUAUCCAGGAGUCUGGGACCUGAGUUUGGAGGGUCCAUUGGUCUCAUCUUUGCGUUUGCAAAUGCAGUGGCCCUUGCCAUGUAUGUUGUAGGCUUUGCAGAGACUGUCAUGGAGCUCCUGAAAGAAAUGGACGCGUUAAUGAUUGAUGACACUAAUGAUGUCAGAAUUAUCGGCACCAUCACCGUUAUUGUUCUGUUGGGGAUCUCUGUCGCAGGAAUGGAAUGGGAGGCAAAGGCACAAAUCUUCCUGCUGGUGAUCCUGGUAACAGCGAUUUUCAAUUAUGUCAUUGGGAGCUUUAUCAGAGUAGAAUCAAAAGAGCCCAGAGGGUUUUUUGGUUACCAAGUUGAUAUAAUGUUAGAAAACAUGGGAUCAAAUUUUCGAGAAGACCAGACCUUCUUCUCCGUUUUUGCCAUUUUCUUCCCAGCAGCAACAGGCAUUCUUGCUGGAGCAAACAUCUCGGGUGAUCUUGCAGAUCCACAGUUAGCCAUACCAAGAGGAACCCUCCUAGCCAUUUUGAUAACUGGAUUAGUCUAUCUUGGAAUUGCCAUUUCUACAGAGAUUGUGGUGAUAAGCCACGGAAACAACGUUCUGUAUUUCUACUUUAGAGCAUCGUUUGAGGUAAUGAGCACGGUGUCUGGAUUUGGGCCCCUCAUCACUGCAGGUAUCUUCUCCGCAACCCUUUCUUCAGCCUUGGCUUCACUGGUCAGUGCACCCAAAGUCUUCCAGGCUUUGUGCAAAGACAAUAUCUACCCUGGUCUGAGCAUGUUUGCCAAGGGGUUUGGGAAGAACAAUGAGCCACUGCGUGGGUAUAUUCUCACCUUCUGCAUUGGUCUUGGCUUCAUUUUAAUUGGUGACUUGAACACCAUUGCUCCCAUCAUUUCCAACUUCUUCUUGGCCUCUUAUGCCUUAAUCAACUUCUCUGUAUUCCAUGCGUCUUUGGCCAAGUCUCCAGGCUGGCGCCCUGGAUUCAAGUACUACAACAAGUGGGUCUCUUUGGUUGGAGCCAUUAUGUGCUGUGUGGUGAUGUUCAUUAUUAACUGGUGGGCAGCCUUGCUGACAAAUGUCAUUGUCAUGGCCUUGUAUAUCUAUGUCAGCUAUAAGAAACCAGAUGUCAACUGGGGCUCUUCCACACAAGCCUUGACGUACCACCAGGCUCUCUCACACUGCAUACACCUCACUGGAGUGGAGGACCACAUCAAGAACUUCAGACCCCAGUGUUUGGUGAUGACUGGCUAUCCGUAUGCUCGUCCUGCGCUGCUCAACCUAGUUCAUGACUUUACUAAAAACGUUGGGCUUAUGGUCUGUGGACAUGUCCGGAUGAGUGCUCGCAGGCAUAACUUCAGGGAAUUGGCGAAUGACCAGACUCGAUACCAGCGCUGGCUUCUGAAGAACAAAACCAAGGCAUUCUACACUCCAGUUUAUGCAGAGGACCUACGACAGGGAGCUCAGUAUUUGUUACAGGCUGCAGGCCUGGGGCGACUGAGACCAAAUACAUUGGUAGUAGGUUUUAAGAACAACUGGAGAGAAGGUGAUAUGAGAGAUGUCGAAACCUACAUUAACAUGAUUCAUGAUGCGUUUGAUUUCCAGUAUGGAGCAGUUAUCCUAAGGUUGAAAGAAGGACUUGAUGUUUCCCAUAUUCAUGGUCAAGAUGAGCUGCUGUCAUCUCAGGAGAAAUCUGGGGGGAUCAAGGAUAUUGUACUGAAUCUUGAAUCUGGCAAAGACUCUGACGCAGACUCCUCUAAACCUUCGUCUAAAGCUCCCAGCACUCACAACAGCCCAGCUGUGCAAAAAGACGAAGAUGAUGAAGGCAAGGCGCCAACACAGCCACUGUUGAAAAAAGAUAAAAAGAGCCCUACUACGCCUUUGAAUGCUAAUGACCAGAAACUGCUGGAGGCCAGCACACAGUUCCAGAGGAAACAGGGCAAGGGAACAGUAGAUGUCUGGUGGCUGUUUGAUGAUGGUGGCUUGACUCUGUUGAUCCCAUAUUUGAUUACCAACAAGAAGAAAUGGAAGGACUGCAAGAUUCGUGUGUUCAUUGGUGGAAAAAUCAAUAGGAUUGACCAUGAUCGAAGAACGAUGGCAACUCUGCUUAGCAAGUUCAGGAUAGAUUUUUCCGACAUCACAGUCCUUGGGGAUAUCAACACAAAGCCAAAGAAGGAAAACUUUGCAGCCUUUGAAGAAAUGAUAGAACCUUACAAACUCAAUGAGGAUGAAAUGGAGCAAGAGGCAGCAGAGAAGCUGAAGAACGAUGAGCCUUGGAGAAUCACUGACAAUGAGCUGGAACUCUAUAAGGCCAAGACCCAGCGCCAGAUCAGGUUGAAUGAAUUGCUGAAAGAGCAUUCAAGCACAGCAAACCUCAUUGUCAUGAGCAUGCCACUGGCGAGGAAGGGAGCGGUGUCCAGUGCCCUCUACAUGGCCUGGCUGGAGACUUUGUCCACGCAACUGCCACCCAUCCUUCUUGUGCGUGGCAACCAUCAGAGUGUGCUCACCUUCUAUUCCUGAAGCACACGCCUUCCCUGCGACACUCUGCACCAGUGGCCAGACGCACCUUUAGAAGAAUCUUUAAAAAGACUAUAACGGUUUAAACUCUAUAAAUAAAAUACAAGGAAAAACACAGACUGCACUGACACUGCAGGGAGAAGCAUUUGGAGUCUGCGGAUGAUCUCUCACUAGUGCCAUCCAGUGGAGAGGUGGUGUAAGACAGAAGAGAGAAUCACAUUCCCAUUUUGCAGGUCAUGGUGAUGCCAGAUUGAGCCUUUUUCACCCUUAAAAAAAAAAAAUUCCAGCGGUCUGGUUGAUUGAAUGUUAAUUCUGCUUCCUUUCCUUCUUUCUUCAGCUGGAAAAACAGUGAACAGUUGUGGUUCAUACUGUUCUUAUAUUUUCAUAAUUAUUUCUUCUGCUACUUUUAAAGCAGCAAUAAUAAUCACACUUUUUAGUUUUCUUCUGUUGGGAGAAAUAAUGCAGAAUGGUUUGCAAAAACUUAAUAGCCUUACUGAGGUGCCUUCCACAUAAAUUAAACUACUACCAAACUUUAAAGCAUAACACCCUGAUUAUAAUAGAUAUAUUUUUUGAUUGAUAUCUUGUUUAAAACAUGAUUUUAUGUGAGUGGACUUGCUUAAAUUAGCAGUCAUUUCCACUGAUUCGCAUAAAGCUGCUUUAGUGUUUUAUUCUUCCCUCUCCAUUUCUGUCUUCCUUUGAGCUCUAAGUCAGCGAAAUGUGUUUCUCUGACAGUGCCCUCCAUUCACAAUAAGUAGAGAGCGCGCAUUUCAACAAAUUGGAAGCUCCAAUCACUUAAUCCUGCCAUGAUUUAUCCAACGCAGGCAUAGUCCUGGCAAAAAUCAGCAUCAUUUGUCACAUUGAACCGCCCUGCGUGUGCAAACACAAUCUAAAACUACAGUGGAAGGCAACAACAUAGCUGCUAAAGAAUAUUGUUCUGAACCAAAAAGAUGAUGUUGAAAACUCAGGCUGGAGUAGUUGAAAGUAAACUGGUAUCCUUGGUUAAAUACAAUGUACUUGGCAUUCACACCUCUCUUCACAAAAGACCUUGCUCCAUCAUGGCCUCCGCUGGCCUAGGUUGCGUGUUGUAGGUUGACUGUUACCAAUUCUCCCACAGCACUGCCGGUUUUUACAUCAGACUCGGUGUGCUAGGGGGGAAACAUUGUUUUAUUCCAAAUUACUGGGUGUGCAAGCAAGAGAUGCAAAGGUACAUGUAAAAAUCUAGAAUUUGCCUUAAUCAUUGGCAUAAUGGUUGUUUCAAUUUUACCAUUACUUCCUUUUUAAGCCAUAAUGGCUGAUUGAUAACUAAAUGGAGAAAACUGUAAGUGCUCAGUCCAUGUGAAGUGUAUUAUAAAAGCUGCUGUCUUGCCAUUUCCAAUUUUGCAAGUGCUGUUUUAUUCCAACACCUUUUAAGCUUCAUUGGAUUUUAUAUAUAGUUCCAGAAAAUGAGAUCUGCGCGUCUCUGAAUGAAGUUGUUGUGCAUUUUUGGCAUGGCUUCUUAACAAGAAUAAAAUAGCUCUAUCUUUAAACUCAAAUACUGUAAUUUUGUCAAGGCUGAUACAUAGCAGAAGCUCGGAAACUCAUGUCAAGUCAUAAAAAGCAGUUUUUGUCAUUUUCAAGUGAAUCUUCCAACAAAAUCAGAAAUGGUGUGACCCAGUGGGUUUAGAUGUUAUGGUCUGAAGCAAGGAUGGUGAGCUGAAAUUGUAUGUAUUGCCUGCCUAUUUAUUGAAAGGUGAGUGCUGUGAGGUUGAUCCCAUAACUGUGAAGGUAAUGUUUUUUUUUUUAUUUCUCUUUGCUGUAAACAGAUGCAUUGAGGAUUGAUAAAAUAGCCUUUUCUCUUUUUGCACGUGUGACUUGGAUCUGCCGUAACUUUAAUGGACAAUAAAUUAACAAAGAAAUAUUGCUCAUUAUAGGACAGGAAGGAUUAAGAUGUCGUGACCUAGGAAAAUGAAGAAUGUCAUGAUUUGUAUUUUUUCUUUAAAUUGGACCAUGCACUUUUUUAAUCUAAGUAGCAAGAUUAGUUUUCAUGCUCAGUGUAUUUGAUAGCUGCAGAGAAAGUUCCUGCCCUUCUGUAAUUUCAUAAAGCUUUGAAGAAUCCAAGGCGGUUCUUGUUAUGCUUUGCAUUGGCUGCUUUUGCAUGGCUGUUGGCCAUUCUAAACAAAAAUACACCCACAAUCCAGAUAAGAGGUUGUCCUUCGAAGAUUGUACCUAAUUUCUCUAAUCUGCCCGAAAAUGCACCAUUUUUGAGUUGAGCAUAAUAGAAGCUGGCUUCAUUAUGUGGGAGGGGUCAGGGGGAUGAGGGGCAGAGGGUCUUUUAUUGAAGUCACUGUUGAGAAAUGUGCAGAAUUCCUCUGCCCUUAACUUCACAUAGUGCUGAAUGUUAUACUGUGUGUUGCCUUUGUGUUCUGUAAUCUCUUCCUCUUUUUUUAAUUUGCUCUGACGCUGAAUCCUUGCAAAAUAGGCUAUUGUAUUUCUCUGAUAGACAGCAUUCCGGAAUUCGACUCCCCCUAGUCUAGGGCAGAGCUCUUAUGGGGAAGUACAACUAAGUGGCUGGUAAGAUGCAAUGUUUAGUUAUAGUGAAGGUUAGAUAUGAAAACAGCAAGGUUAAAGUUAGUAGACAGCCUCCUUGACAUUUUUUCAAGUGGCUACUGGGAUUAUGGUGUGCUAGACUCUUGUUUCGUACACCAGUCUCUUUCUGCUCUCUGUUUAUAUUUUUUUUACAUAUUCCAAGUCCGUUAGAAAAAGAAAAUAACAACAUUUAAUAUUCUGGUUAAUUUAAUGACUACAUACUUGAUGUUUUAUUUUUUAAAUGUUUUUAGGCUAUCAUCAACACAUUUGAACUUGUAUACAUAAGGAGACAUUAAACUUUUUGGAAAGUGCGCAUGAUACUUUUUUAGAAGGGUUGUAUAGCUUUCUAGAUGCAAGGUGGAUACCAAUUUACCAAGUAACCUAUUUAAAGAUCUCUCUUCUCUCUUUCAAAUAUUGGCAACUAUUAAGUGUAUUGUGCAGUACACAGUCUUUCACAGGUAUGAUCUAAACUAGGACAAAUUCCACCGUGAAUGUCUUACAUGUCAAAAACCAUAAAAAUCAAAUGGGGUGGAGGCUGUUGCAUAACUUGCUAGUGAUUGUCACACAUUACAACCAAAUGAAAUAUGUCUAUGUGCUUGUGUAUCCAUUUAUAUGAAUACACAUCAGGUGUUUAAAUGAGUAGAUAAUAUUCUAGAAUACGUUUUAGCGUCUUUUUACCAUAUAAUACGGCCUUUACUGCACAAUUAUUUUCCAUUCAAACGGAGCAGUUGUUGGCUACUAUAUGGUCAUUCCAUUUUCUAACGGUGAUUUUCCCACCAGUUUGUCUCUGUAGCCAAAGUUUUAUUUUUUAAAAAUCUGUCAGUAGUAAAACAUUAAAACUAAUGAAGUAAAAGCACUGGUCAUUCUGUUAAAACUUACCUAGUUUGCACUGUGUAAUUCAUAAUUAACCUGUAAAUAACUAAUAGUGAAAUUAAGGGAGUGGAUUAAUGAAAAAUAAACUGGGUAAGACUAUUUAUUUUAGUUUUUUUUUUUUUAGUUUAAGUUAAGUUGCAUGUUGAUUUUAUGUUGGGAUUUUGCUCUUUUAAUUUUUUAAUUAACUUUUUCAGUCUUUCUGUACAUUUCUAUCUUUUAUAUAUACCUUUUAAAAGAAGAUAUGUUAAGUGUUUUAAAAGUCUUUUUUUUUCUUUUUUUCCCAGUGAGGUAGACAUGAUCUACCUAAAUGGUUGAAACUGUAAAAUUUUGAUAUACACUGUACUGUAACUGUCACAAAUAUGCUUUUCUAACAUUAUUUUAACAUUUAAGAUUACAGAUACUUUGUACAUCUAUUGCAAUAAAUAGAAAAUGAAUGA